AUGUCACGGCGUCUCGCCAUCUGGCCGACAUCGGAAGUUUGUGUUUUCCCAACCGGUUCUCUCGUGAGGAGAAUUCGUUCGACGAAGCGGAGAUACUUCCGACAAGCUGCUUUCCUCCCGACCUUUUUCCAACUUUUUGCUUCUGUUCGGAAAUCUGCUUCCCCCUGUUUACAGUUCGCGGUCUCCCAACUCGGGACCGAAAGAAAGAGAGAGAGUUGGUACUUCUUUGAGUCGUCGUCGGCGUUUUCGCAUUGCACCACUCUGUCCAGAAAAGCUCCCAUGGCGUCCCCGAUGCCAGCGACGAUAAGCAUGGAUCCUUCUCUGUCGCGAAGCAAUUCCAAUUCCAGCACGACGACGGACACACCGACCCGUACAGUUUCGUUGUCCCCCACGACACUCCAGGGAUCGGUUUGGCCCGUCACGGCGCAACGAAACCCCUCCGCCUUUCUACGCUCCGCUCGACAAGCCUACGGCAAAGCCUUGGCACGAGCACGCAUGUUACCCGCCGCCCGAAGAUCCACCGAGUCCAUGCCGGACGCGACGGCCUUUUUCCGUCGACCCGCUUCCAUUCCUCCCUACGUCAGUUGCGCCUUUCUCAACGAUGGCGACAAAAUACUGGCGGCGGAUCGCGCCGGAACCGUGGAUAUUCUCCAACUUCCGGAACCACACCGUCCGCAACAAGAGGAGAAUACGUGUGAUCCGGACGUACUGGGAUCGGUUUAUAACGUCGGCGUACACGCCAAACCCCACGUACCGAGCAACUAUUUCAAGUUGCAGCGGUUGGACGGCGGACACGCCUUUGUCAUGGGAUUGCCGUCGGGGGAGUGCCGCAUUUUCGCUACGGAACAACUCGACAAGGGUCCGAUUGUCUCGUACUGCGACCAAACAUUGAAACCGGCACCGGUGGCGCAGUUUGCUGGAUCCUUCGUGACCGAUAUUUGGCGCAUUCUCCCGCCGCCCCGCAAGUACCAACGCCACGACGACCUAACGCUCUGGAAACAGUAUCGCGACCCCACUACGGCCAUGCACGCGGUCGACGUCCUGCACGAAAUUCCCUUCUGGAACAAUGUAGACGGCGCGGGAGCUGGUGGAUUCUCCUCCAAGGUGAACCACGCCGUCGGAGCGGCGCAGUGGGAUUUUCGCGAAACGUCCGCGCGCACGUUUCUCGCCGUGCACGUGCAAUUGCACGGUGAUGCCUUGGGUUUGUCCUGUAUCGACCCCCGCACAUCCUCUACCGCCAACAGUACCGGGACGUGUUCGAGCCCAUCACGGCCCUCCCACAAAGUGUGUUUGGCGCACGUUCCGACCGCAUUCGCCCACGCCGAUACACAAGUCGUCGCCGCCUUUCGCUCCGCAGGCCUCCCCCGAACGACGGCGCCGCCGUCCCCACCCACUUCCUUGGCGGAACAGAGCGUGGUGGCUAUUUGGGAUUUACGGUACUUUGCCAAGCCAAAAAAGACCCUCUCGUUUCCGUCCCACAGAGUAUACGACUACGACCAGUCCACCGCCGUCGCAUCCGUCGUCUUGCCUCCCGGCCAACGCGUGCGACAGCUUAGUGCUUCCCGGACUCGACCGGGACGUCUGUUGGUCACGAUCAAGAACACGGACGGUUGUACCGAACACGGACUCUGGCAAGACCCGCUCCGCAAUACGGCCCUCACGACCGUCAUUGCCAACGGCUGUUCGGAAUUCCGCAAGCCCAUCUUGGCGAUCGACGACGCCUGCGACGUAGUGGCCUGUUACGAACAAGGCACGGCGGUUUCCUUGUACGAUUUGUCACAGCAACCGUCCCGUUACCAAAGUGUCGCCACCUCGACGUGCCAAUCUCACGGCUUGUCGGGUCGAAAGAAAAAACGCACGUACCGGGGAGAAGCCCGACCCGAUACCAUCCCACCCCAACGAAUCGAGACGACCUUGUGCGAUCGUUACGGGCUCAAUACUGAUUUGUCCUGUAUGGCCUGGAAUCCCUCGGGCACAAUCCUGGUGGGAGGAUCGUGCGACGGGGAUCUAUUCGUUUGGCCGGGGCCGGCGUAGAAGGAUGAGUUUGUGGGCAAACGAACGAGGGCCAACGGUUGACAAAAUAGGAUUUGGUCAGUCACCUUGGUACCGUAUCGUGUACCAAGAUGAAUGUGGGGUUCUAUUUAUCGAAAUGUGUGCAAAUGUAAAGAUGAACAAAAGGUGUUAAUAUUGCGUC